GACGCACUUGAAGGUUUUAAUGUUGCCAAACCUUUAACAUGAUUAGCUAAAUCUUAGAAUUUUUUUACAUAAUCUAGUGAGUCGCAAAAACUUGCAGGGCCCCCACUGUGGCUUGAGGGUAACUGGCAGCUGCUCUCUUUGAAGGAGCCAUGCAGCAUCCGUGCGGUGGCAGCAGAAUCGUGGAUGGUCUUGAAGGCCAGAGAUGUCUGUCACUAUGAAAGAGUCAUGGAGUUCCUGGAUGUCACCUACAGACUUCUGCCACGCUUAGUGACUCCCAUCAAACACAUGAAGAUCAUGUUUGGUUUGAAGACUCUGGUCAUCAUGUGGAUGCUGCAGGAUAACCAGUGUGUUACCAACAUCAGUGACAAGAUCAUCAAGUUCUUCCCUGACAGCUUACCUCAAUACAACAGAUGUAGCCAAAGGCACAAAGAAUUGAUGAGGAAGAACCAGCAGGAUUUUCGGGACUUUGCCCAGACUCUGGCCAGAGACAAGAACCUACGCAAGGCUUACAUCAGAGAUUUAAUGGAAGACCAGUAUGGAGAACGUUACUCUCAGAAAUUGGAGGAGAGACUGUUCUACUAUCUUGGGGAGCUUGAAGCAGCCCUGCCAGAAACAACCUGCAUUGACCAGGUACUGAAGCAGUCUUGGCCUUUAACGGAGGGAGAGGAAUUGUUGCGGCAGCUGCUGUCCUGUAACAGAAUAUCACUACCACAAACUCUGAAGAGACUGUUGCACUGUGCUAAGGUUACUCACACAAGCCUGUGCGACAGUCGACCAAACAGUACAGGCAAGUGUAAGCCGGGAAGGGAGAGCGGCGCUGUUCCAGAAACAGCCUCCAGGCAAUGCCAAGAAGGACCUCAGAGUGAGACUGUGGCUGAGACGUCGAUAACUCCGUCUUACGCCCCAGAGGACUCCAGGACAAACAGAGACGCAGCACCCGUAUUGCCUCAGAGGAGCCUUGGACAUUUCUGCAGUGAUCACAAGGUGGCAGAGUUAGAACGUGACUCGAGUCAGACUCCAGAGGUACUGUUGGACGGUAACAGGGAGUGUCUGCUGAGAGAAGAGGAGGCGAGCUCUCGGGGGAGACGCUGGGGGCCAAGCCAGACAGCGGAAGGAUUGGCUAAAAAACAGGAGGAGGGUAUGAAUGACUCAGCAAUACAGAUCUGCUCCACACACAGGAAGCAGAUGAGGAGCAUCCUUCAGGAAUGUUCUGAGGAGUCUGUGUACAACCCAGCUUCACCACAAAACAACAAAGCCUCCCCACCUCACCAGCCAGUACCACAACACAACAGACCUUCCCCUCUUCACCAACUGACACCAGAACAGAACACACCUUCCUCACCCCACCAGUCCGUACCACAACACAAUACACCUCCCCCACCCCACCAGUCCAUAACACAGAAUGACUCCACCCCUGAAAUGUCUCUUUUACAACGCUCUACCUCCAAAUACACAAAGUUUCCGGUCCAAGAUCCAGAUCUCAGAUCAGUUUCGCCAGCCCAACGAUUCACACUGUCACCAGUUUCUCCAAUCUCACAACUCACACCAUUGUCACUGUGUACAGUGAAACAACCCAUGCCAUUACCAGCGCCUCCAGUCCGACAACUCACACCAGCAUCAGUGUCUGCUCAAGACUGUUCUAAGUCCAUCAAAAGCUCAGAGGUGAAGCUAAGACUGUCCUCUGAGAGUCUGGUAUUCCUCAUGCACUCCCAUUGGUUCCAGCCACACGUUUGCCUAAGAAGAUUAAACCAACAGGAAUUUGGUACGGUCACCGCGCUAGACGAGACCGGAAUCUGUCCAAUUGAACAGGAGGAGCAGGAGGAAGUGGAGGAAGAAGAGGAGGGUUAUUUGGCGUUUGAUAUAAAUACUCUGUAUUCGGAUUCUUCCACAGAUUCAGACUCUGGUCAUUCUGACCCUGAUUAUGUCCCAUAGGAGACAAACAGUUUUUUUGGAAGACAGCAUAAAGAAAUGAGUAAUGUGUGUGAUGUGUGGUUGCAUAACCUGAUUGCGAGAUCUGAUUUGUAUUGAUCAUUAACUAAGGUUCUUUGAUCAGCUCGCCUGAAGUUGGUUGUAUUAAACCAGUAGAGGCACAUUUACAUAAUUCUAUGCUUCUAGAAAAGAAGGCGUUUAAAAAAAAAAAAACUCAGAUGUUUUAGCCGCCGGGGCAUUGAAACACCUUCUUUUAUGACCAAGAAUGUAAAACUCAAACCUCAAACUUUUUUUGGGGUAUUUUCUGAUUUAGUCAAGAAAGUGCAAUGGUGUGCAUUACAAAAGAGUGCAAAAUACUGCAAAAAGAAAAU